AACAAAAUAAAAAAUGUUCAGAAUUGACAAAUCUAAACCCUAAAAAAGAUCUUCAUCACCCUCAACAAAAUCCCAGCUGAAAAAAAAAACCCUAAUCUCCAUCUGAUAUAAUGAUCCUAUAACAUUCACAAUUCUUCCCUUCUGCAAAUCCCAAAUUUCCAUAAUUUUGAACUGAAUCAAUGUCUCAAGAUGGAGCAACAGCCAUGGAUUGGAAGAAGGAUGGUCAAUCAACAAACCCUACCGGCAACGGAAUCGGGAAUUGUAUUCGAAAUGGAUCAAACGGCGUUGUUUACCCACCGUACGCUUCUCACCGGCUGCGAUUGAAUCCUAGCGUUGAUCACAAACCAGAUAACUAUGAUGACCUUCAAUUGGAUUUCAGUCCGUUGUUGUUUAGUUCCCUUGAACGUUAUCUUCCGCCUGCUCUUCUCAACUCAUCACGUGACCAGAAGGUUCAUUAUAUGCGUGAAAUUCUCCUCCGUUACUUUCCUGAAGGCGAACGCACUCGUGUCCAGAAGCAUAGAGAAUACCGACAGAAGAUUAUAUCAAACUAUCAGCCUCUACACAGGGAAUUAUAUACGAUGCAUGCUCAAAAUUUCUUUGUGCCAUCAUUUCUCAAGGCAGUUAGUGAGAACUCAGAGGAAAGUUUCAGGAACAUAAUGUCUGAACCCUCUCCUGGAGUUUUUACGUUCGAAAUGCUUCAACCACGAUUUUGUGAGAUGUUGUUGGCAGAGGUAGAAAACUUUGAGAGGUGGGUCCGUGAGACGAAAUUCAGAAUAAUGCGUCCCAAUACGAUGAACAGAUUUGGUGCCGUUCUUGAUGACUUUGGCCUUGACGCCAUGCUGGAGAAGUUGAUGGAAGAUUUCAUUCGUCCCAUUUCAAGAGUUUUCUUUACUGAAGUUGGUGGAUCCACACUUGAUUCCCAUCAUGGCUUUGUUGUUGAGUAUGGAAUGGAUAGAGACGUUGACUUGGGUUUCCAUGUCGAUGAUUCAGAAGUGACUUUAAAUGUGUGCUUGGGUAAGCAAUUCUCGGGUGGAGAGCUGUUCUUCCGUGGAGUGCGGUGUGAGAAGCAUGUGAAUGUUGAAACACAACCAGAGGAAAUCUUCGAUUAUGCCCAUGCCAUGGGGCGUGCAGUGCUGCACCGUGGUCGCCAUCGCCAUGGUGCUAGGGCAACAACAUCAGGGCAGAGGAUCAAUUUGUUGUUGUGGUGCAGAAGUUCUGUCUUUAGAGAGAUAAGGAAGCACCAGAAGGACACCUCCAGCUGGUGUGCAGAGUGCCAGCGCAAUAAGAAGGAAAGGCAACGGCAGGCUAUUGCUGCUACUAAAUUGGAGCUACUGAAAAGAGGAGCAACUGCUAUAUAACUAUUCAUUCUGUUUUACUUCUAUAUAUCCUCUUCUGGACUUUGCCCCCAUGUAAUAUAUAGCUGAAACCCUCAUAUUCAAGGCAGAUGCACUUUCUUGUUCGAUAUAAUAUUAAAGGGUGUUGUUCGUGUUACUGAAAUAGCUAUACAUGUAAAUCGAGUAGGUACCUCCUAUUUGUGUAACUGAGAUGGUAUCAGUACAAAAGGAGCGAUCGUGUAAACAUUGUUUUGCAGUCAUGUUUGUUAAUGGAGGCAAUUUCUUUCUCA